AUGUCGCCUGAUUUGCGAGCAUUGACCAAGCAGGAGCGGUUUUGCUUCGACACGUUGAACAACGUGGUCGAGUUUAUUAAUAACUACGAUGAAGCGCGGGAUAACGGACAGAUCGCGGGUUGGAUGGAUCGCUUGGAGGGACUUUUUGAGAACUUUUUGAAAAUGCGUUUGCAAAUUGAUUUGCUGCAGGAUGAUGACUCGCCAACUGCAGACGAAGAUGAAAAGCUUAGUCGUGCCUCACGUGAUCGGUUCGAAAAGAUCUACGUGCAGGUGAAAGGUUUUCUCGUAAAUGCUGAACGCAUGGCUAAUGCGGCGCCCUCCACCAGUGCAGGUGGGGGUUUCAGUGGUCCAAAUGCCAAUCGCGCCACUCCAAUGGCUCGGAUAAAGCUUCCCGAAGUCAAGCUUCCUUCCUUCAGCGGGUCAGUUACUGAGUGGCUGACUUUUCGAGACACGUUUAAAAGUCUCAUCGAUUCCAAUCCCAAUCUUUCUGAUGUGGACAAAUUUUCCUAUCUUGUUGCAUCACUGACAGGGGAAGCGAAGCGGGUUGUCGAGCCUAUCGACAUUACUGAUGCCAACUAUGUCAUUGCUUGGCAGUCUCUGACAAAGCGCUUCGAUAACAAAAAGCUUGUGGUUAAAACCUAUAUAGAUGCGCUUCUUUCCGUCGAACCCCGGAAGCGGGAAAGUUACGAAUCCCUUUCUCGACUAAUUGACGACUUCGAACGAAAUCUGCAGAUGAUUGAGAAAAUGAACAUCGACACCCAGGGUUGGAGUGUGUUGCUGGCUCACAUCGUGUGCUCUCGUCUCGACACUGCAACGCUUAAGCAGUGGGAAAACCAUCACAAAUCGACAGAUGUUCCCCGGUAUGAGGUGCUCAUCGAUUUCCUACGUUCCCAUUGCAUCGUUCUCCAGUCAAUCGCGCCUGGGAAAGCGCGGGCCUCUGAUCCUCCCCGAUCUGAUCCAGCGCGUGUGCCGAAGGUCAAGGUUAGCAGCGUGCAUUCCGUCGUCAAUUCAUCUCAAAAGCCAUGCUGUUUCUGUAACCAGUCUUCCCACUCGCCGUUCAAAUGUGAUGUGUUCCGCAAGCUGGCCGUUUCCGAACGGUACGAUUUGGUGAAGAAAAGGAGCCUCUGCAUCAACUGCCUGUCCGCUGAUCACCAGGUUAGGAACUGCUCAUCCGGUGCCUGUCGCGUCUGCAGUCAAAAGCAUCACACGAUGCUCCACCAACAAGCUCCCAUUCGCAAUCCUCCCCAACCACAGGGUCCCAAAUCAAACUCAAGCCAGCCCUCCACAAAUCAGACUCAAUCUCAACCUCAAAUCGCUCCAACUACGUCGUCCAACGCAAAUAAGUCUUCCUCGCCAUCUAUCGUCCCUGACGAACAGACACCAUCCACGAGUGCCCUCAGUCAUUGCUCUACCUCCUCGGUUGCCAACGUCCGCCGAAUCCCAUCAACCGUGUUGCUGCAGACUGCGCUCGUGAAGGUCAUCGAUUCUUCGAAAAACACUCUGUGGGCUAGAGCGUUGCUCGAUCCCGCCUCGCAGCUGAACAUAAUUUCCGAAAGCUUGGCCCAACGAUUGCAAGUGCAACGUGUCAAGGAACACCACAUCGUCGGGGGAAUCGGACAAUCCUCUACCACGUCCACACACUCCGUCGUAGUCCACAUCCAGUCGCAUUGCUGCCGUUUUCGUACCCAGCUUAAGUUCCACGUGCUGUCUGCUGUGACACGUGAACUUCCUUCGAAUAGCAUUGACGUAGCCGAAUGGAAUUGGCCUACCGGAGUAAUUCUGGCAGAUCCCCAAUUCAACAAACCAGCAGCAGUGGAUAUGAUUAUCGGAGUGGAUGCGUAUUAUGAUUUGCUUCUCGAUGGACUGAUUCGCCUAGGCCCCGGCCGACCUGUGUUGCAGAAUACCAUGCUGGGUUGGGUCGUCUCCGGUCGGGCUGGUAAUAGCCGACCAGAUCCCGGAAUUGUUAGUAUCGUCCACGUUUGCAGCACGGACGGUCUCGAACAACAGUUGUCCAGAUUUUGGGAACUUGAAUCCUGUCAGUCCUCCAGCACCUUGUCCGUAGAAGAAUCGACUUGUGAGGCUCACUUCGUCGCCACUACCACGAGAGCUGAGUCCGGUAGAUUCGUUGUCCAACUUCCGAAGAAACCCAUCAUUCUAUCACAGAUGGGGGACUCGUAUGAAAUCGCCAAACGUCGGUUCCUAUCCGUGGAACGCCGAUUACAAGCCAAACCCCAACUGAAGACAGCUUACUCCGCUUUCAUCGAGGAAUACCGAAUCCUUGGACACAUGAAGGAAGUAGAAGAUGUUAGCCAGCCCACACCGUAUCGCCCGUAUUAUCUUCCACACCACUGCAUCGAACGUCCCGACAGCGUAACCACGAAGCUUCGCGUAGUUUUCGACGCGUCUUGCGCCACGGACACCAACGUUUCUCUGAACAACGCGCUGAUGAUGGGACCCACCGUCCAAGAUGACCUCUUCUCGUUGAUCCUGCGGUGGCGAACCCAUCGAUACGUGAUUAUUGUGGAUAUCGAAAAAAUGUACCGCCAGAUCCAGGUGCAUUCUCCAGACCAGUGUCUGCAGCGGAUUCUUCGGAGAGAUGAUCCGUCGGAGCCGAUUCGCAUUUUCGAGCUCUCCACGGUAACGUAUGGCACUUCUUCAGCGCCGUAUCUAGCCACCCGCUGUCUGAAAGAACUCUCCGUGAUAGGCCGUCAGUCUCAUCCUCUCGCUGCUGAAGUCGUAGGCGAAGACUUUUAUAUGGACGAUCUCUUUACCGGAAGCAAUACCAUUCGAUCUGGAAAGGUCUUGUGCACGCAGCUUCUUCAGCUUCUGCAUUCCGCAGGAUUUCCACUGCGCAAAUGGUCGUCCAAUUCUCCGGAGAUUCUCUUGCAUAUUCCUGAGGCACUACGUCAUGAACGAACCGUAUUGGGCCUCGAUCCAGGAGAUUCCAUCAAAACUCUCGGGCUUAGGUGGGAGCUUGCUUCCGAUUGCUUCUGCUUCCAUGUUCCAAAAUGGAAGCAAGACAUUUGCGUUUCCAAGCGGCAAGUGGUUUCCGAUUCUUCGAGCCUUUUCGACCCGCUCGGCUUCAAACGCCCAGUCAUCGUAGUUGCCAAGUUGUUCGUGCAGGACCUCUGGCGAAGCAAGCGUUCCUGGGACGAGUCGCUAGAAGACGAACUCCAACAAAGCUGGCUGCAACUUCGGUCCGAACUUGCGGCAAUCGAGAUAAUUAUCGUUCCUCGUUGGGUCGUCCCAAUCGUCGAUCCGACUUCCAUCGAAUUACAAGGUUUUUGUGAUGCCUCCGAGAAGGCUGAUGGGGCAUGCAUCUACCUCCGCGCCGUGUCCUUCAGCGGCGACACAUCCGUUCGUCUUUUAACCUCGAAGUCGAAACUGGCACCUCGGCUCGAACUUUAUUCGGCGCUAUUACUGAGCCACUUAGCCCAGAAGGUCCAGGAAACACUGAAUCUCUCAAUGAAGUGUUUUUUCUGGACUGAUUCGAUGAUCGUCCUCCAGUGGAUUUCGGCUGCCCCAUCCCGCUGGAAAACGUUUGUGGCAAACCGAGUGUCCGAAAUACAAUACCUGACGGAAGGCGGACUGUGGAAUCAUGUGCUUGGAAUCGCGAUUCCAGCAGACAUCAUCUCCCGUGAAAUGCUGCCGGCAGAACUUAGGGAUUGCCCAGCAUGGUGGAAGGAUCCACCGUGGCUCAGUCAAACCAAUAGACACUGGCCUUCUCUUGUCCGUCCAGCAUUCGAGAGCUUCGAAGCAGAACAACUCGAGGAAAGAGUGAUUGUCCUACCGAUCCAAGUCCACGAGCCAAACCCUAUCUUCAGUCUUAGGUCUUCGUAUACUGGCCUAGUCUCGGUGGUGGCAUAUCUCCUGAUAUUUUGCCACAAUGGCAAGCAAAGCAAUCCCUCAAAUCGACGAACCGGUUUUCUGAAGACCACUGAGUACAAGGACGCGCUCAUGCGUUUGGUUCGUUUAACCCAACAAGAGUCGCUGACCGAAGACGUCAAAGCCGUCGCUGCCACAAGAGAAGUCAAGCCCAACUCCAAGCUAAAAUCCCUAACACCAAUCUUGAAGGAUGGAAUCCUGAAGGUUGGUGGCCGUCUUCGCAACGCUCCGGUGACGGAAACACGCAAACAACCGAUGAUCCUGUCUCCGAGCCACCCCUUCAUCAAAAUGGUAGUCACCUACUAUCACCCAAAGCUUCUUCACGCCGGCCCGCAAUUGUUGAUCGUCAACUUGCGGGAACAGUUUUGGCCGCUGAGAGUACGCAACCUGGAGCGGAAAGUGGUUCAAGACUGUAUGCUAUCGCUGUAA